AGGCAGCGUGUGAACGGGACUUUUAUUUUGAUCUGUCAGUGACAUCACAUGGCUGGACCGCUCUCCUCUGGCUCAACAAAGGAACAAGAAACUGCGAAUAUCUGAAAUCCAUGUGACACUAUUAUCAAGAUGGCAUUUAUUAAAGAGGAGAUUGAAGACGUGAGCAUUUCAGAAACAUUCAGAGUGAAAAAUGAAGAUGCAGAGGAUGACACAGACCUGGUGGUGAUGAAAGUGGAAAGUCAAGAACUGUAUGAAAUGGAAGAGGAAGAUCCAUACGAUAAACAUCACGGAGAAAAAAUUUGCUCGCAGACUGAAAAGGAGCCCUCUCAAAAAAAAUCUCGAAAGAAAAGUUUUAAAAACUGUUACAUCUGCCCUCAAUGUGGCAGGAAUUUCACUUAUGAGAAAAGCCUUAAAAAACAUGAGUUAAUGCACAAUGUACAGUGCCCUUUCACCUGCCAACAGUGUGGGAACAUUUUCACUACGAACGGAAGCCUUAAAAACCACAUGAGAAUUCACACCGGAGAGAAGCCUUUCACAUGUGAUCAGUGUGGAAAGAGUUACACACGAAGCAAGACCUUAAAGGAUCACAUGAGGAUUCACACUGGAGAAAGGCCUUUUAAGUGUGAUCAGUGUGGAAAGAGUUACAUACGAAGCAAGACCUUAAAGGAUCACAUGAGGAUUCACACUGGAGAAAGGCCUUUUAAGUGUGAUCAGUGUGGAAAGAGUUACAUACGAAGCAAGACCUUAAAGGAUCACAUGAGGAUUCACACUGGAGAAAGGCCUUUUAAGUGUGAUCAGUGUGGAAAGAGUUACAUACGAAGCAAGACCUUAAAGGAUCACAUGAGGAUUCACACUGGAGAAAGGCCUUUUAAGUGUGAUCAGUGUGGAAAGAGUUACAUACGAAGCAAGACCUUAAAGGAUCACAUGAGGAUUCACACUGGAGAAAGACCUUUCAAAUGCGAUCAGUGUGGAAAGAGUUUCAUACAUAAAGUAACCCUUAAUUUACACAAGAGAAUUCACUUAAGAGAGAGCCAUUUUAUUUGUCAUCAGUGUGGAAAAAGUUUCAAAGACAUAGAACGCCUUAACAGGCAUGUGAUAAUUCACUCUGGAGAGAAGCCCUUCAAGUGCCAGCAAUGUGGAAAGGGGUUCCAAAUCAAAAACAACGUAAAGGCACAUAUGAGAUGUCACAUCGAGGAAAAGCCUUUCAAGUGCCAUCAAUGUGGAAAGUGUCUAAAACACGAAACAUCCCUUAAUUACCACAUGAGACUUCACACUGGAGAAAGGCCUUUCACCUGCCUUCAGUGUGGAAAGAGUUUCAUUCUUGAAGGACAACUUAGUCGUCACAUAAGAUACAUUCACACCGAGGAGAAGCCUUUCGUGUGCCAUUACUGUGGAAGGAUUUGUGAAAGCAAAUCAAACCUUAAGAUUCACAUUCAAGUUCACACUGGAGAAAAGCCUUUCUCUUGCCCUCAGUGUGGAAAGAGUUUCAUACAUAAAGGUCUCCUUAAUUAUCACAUGAGACUUCACACUGGAGAAAAGCCCUUCAGCUGCCAUCAGUGUGGAAUGAGUUUCAGAUAUAAAGGACUUCUUAAUGGUCACGUGAGAAGUGUUCACACCAAUGAGAAGCCUUUUACGUGCCAUCACUGUGGAAGGAUUUGCGAAAGCAAAUCUAAACUUCAGAUUCACAUGCGAAUUCACACUGGAGAAAAGCCGUUCUCCUGUCCUUGUGGUAAAAGUUUCGCACUUAAAGGAAACCUUACGGCUCACAUGAGGCUUCACACUGGAGACCGGCCUUACAUGUGUGUUCAGUGUGAGAAAAGUUUCGCCUAUCUAAGACAGCUGAAAAGUCAUUUGCAAACUCAUUUUGGAGAGAAAUCCCAGUGUUCUGAAUGUGGCAAGAAGUUUGCAAAAACAAGCAAUUUCAAAAGUCAUCUGCGCAUUCACUCGAGACUAAGGCCGUUUAAUUGUGAUCAGUGUAAUAAAAAAUUUAUUUUGCCAUCACACUUAGAGAUACACCUGAAAAGUCAUGCAGACAAGAGACCCUAUUUGUGUUCUUUGUGUAAAAAGAGAUUUAAAUGGCUGUGCAAUUUAAGAUCGCACAAGAGAUUUCAUGUCCGUAAACCUAUUUCCAAAGCAACCUACUUGAAACGAAAGCAACAAAUACAUACUGAAGAAAAACCUGACACUGUAAAAAGUGGUGGUCACGUGAUGGCGCCUUAAUUGUGUUAGUUACUGCUCCUGAUCAGUUUUGGAGCUACAAAGUGUCAUGGCUGGACAUUUCUGAUACUGUUGUGGGGUUAUGUAUGGGCAAAACAUUAAUCCACUUAAUCCACCAUAGACCUUUUAUAUAAGCAUAAUCAAUCCUACAUUUAACUCGUAAAUGUAUUUCAGUAGCAUUUUGCAACCAAUAUCUUUUGAACUUUCUAGUGAGAUGGAUAUAUUAAAAUCUCACAUUUGACUUUAGUUUAGUCUGCAUCAGUUUAGCAACUAGUAAACCAGUUCUUCUUUAACAGUGGGUAGGGGGCUGUGUGGAGUAGUUUACCAGUUUAGUGAAAGUGUAAAUCCUUUCGUUUAAAUGUGCUCGUAUGAAUAGCCUGUAAACCAUUCUGUUGUGUUUGUUUUGUGUUUGUUGACUUGACAUGGCUUCAUUUUCCUCUCUCCAAUUCCUAACAUUUCAAGUCAACAUUCAAACACAUAUAACAUUUUAUGCUCAAGUGGAUUUAUAGCCUGUCAGUCAACAUUACAGUGCCACCCUCAGGCUGAAUUACACAAGGACACUAGACCUCUUCCAAAAGUGUGUCUGCAUGUGUUCAGUGAUUAACGUAAUAAAUAAUAACGCAAAUAAAUAAUCAUGCAAAUAAAUGUUUCCAUGAUUAAUGAGGAUAGGUCACCCAUUCAAUUGAUAAAUUAACGGCUAGUUAAAGAUGUAAAGGAAACUGAACUACUAUAGUAUUA